CACUUGCAGUCUCAUUGAGAGUACAAACAUCUUCCAUCUCUCUCUCUCUUUUUCCCUUUCUAUAGUUUCAGCGUUCAACCCAAGCAAAAGGUUGAUCUGGGAACUCAAAAAAUGGGUAGAUUUUCGAUACCCAAGUUGGGAUUUCUACUGUUAUGCUGCUUAACAGCUGUUACAGAAGCAACAUAUGUGAAGUACAAAGACCCAAAACGGCCGGUGGGUGUUAGAAUCAAAGACUUAAUGAGUAGGAUGACCUUGGCUGAAAAGAUUGGCCAAAUGACUCAGAUCGAGCGCACUGUUGCUACCCCAGAUGUGAUGAAGAAGUAUUUUAUUGGGAGUGUUUUAAGUGGUGGAGGGAGUGUACCUGCCCCAAAAGCUACUCCUGAGACUUGGAUUAAGAUGGUGAACUCAAUGCAAGAGGGGUCUUUAUCCACCCGUCUUGGGAUUCCCAUGAUAUAUGGGAUUGAUGCAGUUCACGGCCACAACAAUGUAUAUAAGGCCACUAUUUUUCCUCAUAACAUUGGUCUUGGAGUGACCAGGGAUCCUCAACUUAUCAAGAAGAUUGGAGAUGCAACUGCUCUCGAAGUUAGAGCAACAGGAAUCCCCUAUGUUUUUGCUCCAUGCAUUGCGGUUUGCAGGGAUCCCAGGUGGGGUCGAUGCUAUGAAAGCUACAGUGAGGAUCAUAAGAUUGUUCAAUUAAUGACUGAGAUUAUACCCGGUUUACAAGGAGACCUCCCUUACGAUUCUAAAGAGGGUGUUCCCUUUGUUGCUGGAAAGAAAAAGGUGGCAGCCUGUGCUAAGCACUAUUUGGGGGAUGGAGGUACGACAAAGGGCAUAAAUGAGAACAAUACGGUGAUUAGCUUGAAUGGAUUACUCAGCAUCCACAUGCCUGCAUAUCUUAACUCUAUUAGAAAGGGUGUUGCAACAAUUAUGGUAUCCUAUUCUAGCUGGAAUGGGAAAAAGAUGCAUGCUAAUCGUGAUCUUGUGACCGGGUUCCUGAAAAACAAGCUUAAGUUCAGGGGUUUUGUUAUAACAGAUUGGCAGGGUCUUGAUAGGAUUACCUCUCCUCCACAUGCUAACUACUCUUAUUCUGUAGAAGUUGGAGUUGGUGCUGGGAUUGAUAUGGUCAUGGUUCCUUCUAACUUCACAGAGUUCAUUGAUGACCUAACCUAUCAAGUUAAGCACAAUAUCAUUCCCAUGAGCAGGAUUGAUGAUGCCGUACAGAGGAUCUUGAGGGUUAAAUUUGUCAUGGGUCUCUUUGAGAAUCCAAUGGCUGAUGACAGCCUGGCUAACCAACUUGGGAGUCAGGAACACAGAGAGUUAGCAAGGGAAGCUGUGAGGAAAAGUCUUGUCCUAUUGAAGAAUGGUGAGUCUGCUGAUAAGCCAUUGUUACCCCUUCCCAAGAAAACAACUAAGAUAUUAGUUGCUGGAAGUCAUGCUGAUAACUUGGGCUAUCAAUGUGGAGGCUGGACCAUUACAUGGCAGGGUCUUAGUGGCAAUGAUCUCACAAGUGGUACCACUAUCCUCCAGGCUAUUAAAAAUACGGUUGAUCCAACCACUCAAGUUGCCUACAGUGAGAACCCUGAUGCAGACUUUGUCAAGUCCAACAAAUUCUCUUAUGCCAUUGUUGUUGUGGGAGAACCCUCUUAUGCAGAAACAAAUGGUGACAGCCUGAAUCUUACAAUAUCCGAACCUGGUCCAAGCACUAUAUACAAUGUUUGUGGGGCUGUGAAAUGUGUUGUUGUGGUCAUCUCUGGCCGGCCAGUUGUCAUGCAGCCCUACCUCUCAUCAAUUGAUGCACUUGUAGCUGCUUGGCUUCCAGGGACUGAGGGCCAAGGUGUUGCUGAUGUUCUGUUUGGUGACUAUGGGUUCACCGGCAAGCUUGCAAGGACAUGGUUCAAGACUGUCGACCAGCUCCCUAUGAAUGUUGGUGAUCCACAUUACGACCCUCUCUUUCCAUUUGGAUUUGGUUUGACUACUGAACGUACCAAGCGCAACUAA